AUGCCUCCACCACCUCAUAUCAAGCCCGAGAAUGUCCUCAAGAGGGCCCGGGAACUCAUCGCCGUGGGCCAGGCUCCAGCCGCCCUUACCGUCCUUCACGAACAUGUCACUUCGAAGCGGACUCGCAGCAGCCCUGUCGCAUCCUUGGAACCAGUGAUGAUACUCUUUGUCGAACUCUGUGUCGAUUUGCGCAAGGGAAAAGCCGCCAAAGAUGGUCUCUACCAAUAUAAAAAUAUUGCCCAAAACACCAAUGUUGGCACUAUCGAGACUGUUCUCAAACACUUCAUCGAACUGGCGGAGCAAAAGGUCACCGAGGCUCAAGCCAAAGCCGAUGAGAUCCAGUCGUCGCUCGAAUCAAGCGCGCCCUCGACCAACGUGGACGAUCUCGAAGCCAUCGAGACCCCCGAAACCAUUCUUCUGGCGACCGUUUCCGGUGAACAGUCCAAGGACCGUACUGACCGUGCUAUCGUCACUCCCUGGCUCAAAUUCCUGUGGGAGACCUACCGCACAGUCCUCGAGAUCUUGAAGAACAAUGCUCGUCUUGAGAUUAUGUACCAGACUACUGCUCUCCAGGCAUUCCAGUUCUGUCUCAAGUAUACCCGCAAGACCGAGUUCCGUCGCCUGUGUGAACUUCUCCGAAACCACGUUCAGAAUGCAGCGAAAUACUCGGCUCAGAUGCAUGCCAUCAACUUGAGCGACCCAGAUACCCUUCAGCGUCACUUGGACACCCGCUUCCAGCAGCUCAAUGUCGCAGUUGAAUUGGAAUUGUGGCAGGAAGCCUUCCGUAGUGUUGAGGAUAUUCACACUCUCCUUAGCCUGAGCAAGCGUCCUGCAAAGAACGUUAUGAUGGCCAACUACUACGAGAAGCUCGCUCGUAUUUUCUUGGUUAGCGAGAACUACCUGUUCCAUGCCGCGGCUUGGAACCGCUACUACAACCUCUUGCGCCAGUCUGCUGUUACUCUCGCUACCGGCCAAGGAACCAAGAAGGACAACCCAUCUGUCACAGAGGCGGACAUGACCAAAUCUGCAUCCUUUGUCUUGCUUGCGGCUCUUUCCAUUCCUGUCAUCAGCACCUCUCGCUCACGUGGCGCUCUGGUUGACGUUGAUGAGGUACGAAAGAACAAGAAUACUCGUCUUACUAACUUGCUCGGCAUGGCCCAGGCCCCAACUCGUGCCGCCUUGUUCAAAGAUGCACUGAACAAAGGUCUACUUAAGCGUGCUCGCCCCGAGAUCCGUGACUUGUACAACAUUCUUGAAGUGGAUUUCCACCCGUUGUCGAUCUGUAAAAAGAUCACUCCUAUUCUCAAGCAGAUUGGUGCUGACCCUGAGAUGGAGAAAUAUGUUGUUCCAUUGCAACAGGUCAUCCUCACUCGUUUGUUCCAACAGCUGUCACAAGUUUACGAGUCCGUCGAGCUUAAGUUUGUUUAUGAGCUUGCCCAGUUCCCCGAUCCAUUCCAGGUCACCCAAUCCAUGAUUGAGAAGUUCAUCAUGAACGGCUGCAAGAAAGGCGACUUGGCUAUUCGUGUUGAUCAUGUUGCCGGUGUCCUUACUUUCGAUUCUGAUAUCUUCUCAUCUGCCAAGGCCCUGCACCCUGGCAGUGCAGCAGGAUCUGCCGAGAGCGAAGUGGGAUCUGUUCAACGCUUGCAGAGCACCCCCGCCGAAAUUGCCCGCUCCCAGCUCACUCGCCUGGCCAAGACUUUGCACGUAACUUGCCUCUAUGUUGAUCCUUCCUAUACUGCAUCUCGCGUCCAGGAAAAACAGCGUGCACACGCCCGUGCUUUGGAAGGAGCCGCAAAGGAGCAUGAGGAGACGCUGGCUCGCCGAAUCAUCAUCGAGAAAAAGAAGGAGGCAGCUACAGAGACCCUUCAACGCAAGCAACGCGAGGAGGAGACUCGCAAGAGGAUCCGUACCCAGCAACUCCAGGAGGCCGAGAAGCAGAGGCUUUUGGAUGAACAUCGUGAGCGUGAGAAGAAGCGUAUCAAGGAUGAACAGGAUCGCAUCCGUAAGCAGGAGCUGAAGAAGCAGCUCGAUGAAUUGAGCGGUGUCAAGGGAAUUGAUAUCAACGAGAUUGACCCCGAAGAGCUGGACAGCAACCGCCUCCGUGCCAUGAAAUUGGCUCAGCUUGAGAAAGAGAAGAACGAGCUCAAUGACCGCAUUCGUAUCACAGCCAAGAGAAUUGACCACCUGGAGCGUGCCUUCCGCCGUGAGGAAGUUAAGCACAUUCCAGAGGAUUAUGAGAGACAGAAACAGCAUGAUAUGGAGGUGUACGAGCUACAAAAGGCGGAAACGCUCAAGGAAGCCCAACAGAAACACAAGGCGGAUGUUGCUCUCAAACACCGUUUGAGCCGUCUUGUCCCAUCUUUCACUGAAUUCCGUGACGGUCUCAACGAGAAGCGCCAUGAGGAAUUCGAGAAGCGUCGCAAAGCCGCCGAGCGAGAACUUGAGGCAAAGAAGAAGCAACGUAUCAAGGAAUUCCAAGAACGUCGUCGCCGCGAGAAAGCUGAACGCGAGGAAGAGGAACGUCGCAGACAGGAAGAGGAAGAGCGUGUUCGCCGCGAAGAGGAGGAACGUGCUGCCCGCGAGGAGGAGCAAAGACGUGUCAUGGCGGAGAGGAAAGCUCAGCGGGAGGAGGAAAGAAAGAAACUCGAUGAAAUCGCCGCCAAACAAAAGCAACGCGAAGAAGAAGCCGAAGCUCGACGCGCAGCUCGCCGAACUGGUGCGCCGGAGCCAGUUGCUCGUCCAGAGCCCACAGCAGAACGCACUGCUCCACGUCUCAACCUCGCACCCCGUACCGGUGGUGCCCCAACUUGGAGAGAGCGCCAGGCUGCCAAGGAGGCAGCGGGCGAGGCUACCCCUGCUGCUGCUGCUGCUGCCACAGAAGAGGCUGCUGCGUUGCCACGCAAGACUGGUGGCUACGUACCGCCUCACCAGCGUCAAGGAUCUGGAGCCGCACCUGUACGACCAGCUGCACCUCCAGCUGCAGCUCCAGCAAACGGUGGAUCCGCCGAGAAAUGGGUGCCUCGUCACCUGCGUGAAGGAGGUGCUCCCAGGCCCUCAGCAGCAGCUCCUCCGGCUGCUGGUGAGAGACCUGAAGAGCCCAAGGCAAGCGGUGGCAAAUGGGUUCCUGCUUGGAAGCGUCAGCAGCAACAACAGUAA